AUGCCUCCAAAACAACAAUUGUCUAAGGCCGCUAAAGCCGCUGCUGCCCUUGCUGGUGGUAAGAAGUCCAAGAAGAAGUGGUCCAAGAAGUCCCACAAGGACAAGGCCGCUCACGCUGUUGUCUUGGACCAAGAGAAGUACGACAGAAUCAUGAAGGAAGUCCCAACUUACAGAUACGUUUCUGUUUCCGUCCUAGUCGACAGAUUAAAGAUCGGUGGUUCUUUGGCCAGAAUUGCUUUGAGACACUUGGAAAGAGACGGUAUCAUCACCCCUGUCGACAAGCACUCCAAGCAAGCUAUCUACACCAGAGCUACUGCCUCUGAAUAA